AUGAAUGCCUGGGCAGAAUCUGGCUUCGAUGCCAGCGUCGUGCUGAGCCCGUUGAUCAAUUACUCCGAUCCGAUUAUGGCUCCAUUGCUAACCAUCAAAAAAACCGUGCAGCUGGGACCUGAUCUGGCAUCGGCAUCUGAAUCAACCACCGACAACGAACUAGUGGAGGCUCUCCUAGCUGUUUGCGAGGGCGAUCUCGUCUCAUUUGAGUCCGCUGUAAGAUCAAAUCCGUCAAUUGUUUCUUCGUAUUAUCCAAGUGAGUCUAGUGGUGUCACUUGUCUCAUAAUGGCUGUUGUGUUGAAUCACUUCCAAAUCGCCGAAUCACUAUUGGCAAAUCAUGGGGCUGACCCCGACGAAAACGAUACAGCUGGUCCCCUAUAUACCCCACUUAUGUGGGCAGUUCAUUUGAAUUAUUUGGAUAUGGUAAAGUUGCUCUUGGAUUACCAAGCUGAUCCAUACUUGUCUCCAAAGCAAGAUGACCACGAUGCUGUUCUGAUGGUCUCGCAGAGUAAUCUUCAGAUGUACGAUUUUUUCAAAAGCCACAAUCUUUUUCGGGUUCUGGCCAUAGACGAGGGUGACGUGUUCCAUACGAACACAUUUGGCCCCGACGAAUCCGUGGAUGACAUUAGUUACCAAAUUCGCAUGCAAACACUUGGAAAUAAUGUCAGCAGUGAUUCUCUCGAGGAAGCUCACUUGGACGAGGAGGCAGAGUUGUCUGCUGAUGCUGAAUUGGUGCAAACUCCCGAAUACGACUACAAAAAAUUGCUUCCAGAACAGUUCAUUAAGUUUUCCGAUUCAGAUAUCCCUUCGCUCCUUGACUAUAUAUUUGGCUUACGUUCCUCACUGACGACCUACCAGCAUGCCACCAAGGUACCUGCUGCCAUAGUGUUCCAAUUGAUCCGUUAUUCUCAUUUUAAGGUCGAUAGUCAGGACUUGUCGGAAUUUUUGUUUGAAUGUUUUGUCACGAGGUUGCGCUCAGUCACCAACACCAAGUCUGGUGUUUUUAAUAUGUCAAUUUUGGCAGUAGACGGUGACAAAGCGGGAGGCUUGGCAGGAGGCGCUGGAGAUAUCGUCUUGUUGAGUUAUUGGCUCUCUGUGAUUCAGUUUUUGCAUUUCUACUUUGUCAAGAGCAAUCUAUACGCUGUGUACCCCAAAUUUCUACAGGAACUUAUCAAUUUGACGCAAUCCUUGGUGGCUACACUUUCGUUUUCCCUUAAUUCAAGACUCAAUGGAUUAGUGGAUGAUUGUUUGAUUAAUUUCACUAACUUGGUGGAUGUCUCCAGUGUUCUUUACGCCAAAGACUGGAAUUUGUUCAAGAAUAAAAACAAGAUGCACCCAAGUUCAUACGAUGACAUUCUCCAGAUGUUAUUCCCGCCUAAUCAAGCGGAAUUAAUGAGGCCCUCACCACUCAGGUACGUCCAGGUUUUGGGCGCGUUGGAUUAUGUGCUCAAGUUGCACGCUGUGGAUCCAUUACUUCGCUUCCAAACAUUUUCGCAAGUCUUUUAUUACAUUAAUGCGACUAUUUUUAACCGGCUCAUUUCAACUUCAAAGAAUUGUUCCAGGGCCAAAGCCAUCCAAAUUCGUCUCAAUAUUUCUACGCUAGAGGAUUGGCUUCGAUCCCAUAACUACCGCAUAUACAAACCAGAUAAUCUUGGAGGGUUGAGUUCUCUUCUCGGAGAACAAAAGGACUCAUUCGUUCUCAAGAAUCUAUUGGACGAUACCAAGGAUGAUAAGAAUCCACACUCCCUUUCGUUCUACUACAAGUCAUUAUACCAUAUUGGCAAAGAGCAUUUGCUUCCAACGAUAGAGCUACUUCAAUGGCUACAGGUGAUGUCUGGGCUCCAAGAUGAAGAAUCUUUGAUCAAUACCAUCAACCUGUUCGAUGCCCUCAACUACUAUCAAAUCUUCAAGCUUACGAACAAAUUGUACAGGUAUGAGGUGGAGGAAAAGAAAAUCGCCAAGCCUUUAGUGCAAUACUUGAGGAGAUUGAUGGCAGAACAAGGAGAAAAACAGGUGUCGAAUAACCACUUGCAUUAUAUGACACAGACCAACUUUCUCCUGAAGGAGGAGUACAUCUACUUGAAUCCAAACUACGUAUUCGCCAUUGCACUUCCCAACUUGAAUGAGCUCAUUGUGAACUACGGUUCGGGAAUUGGAGGAGUCAAGGUUAUGAGAUCCAAAAAGUACCAGCCUUCACUUCCCAUUUCGGUGAUGGACGACGUGGAGGAGAUUUUGGCAGCGAACAGAAACUCCAACAUCAACGAUACAUACGAUUACGAGGAGGAGCACAGUGCGGAAUCAGACAAGGGUACCGAGUCCGAAGAUGAAGUUAGAGAAGAAGAUUCAGGGCAGCGGGAGCCGGUAAAGAAAACGUUCAAGGGAGACGAACUCUUCAAGCAAAUGCAGCCACCCCUGUCGUUGGCACACAAAAAUUGGGGACAAGAGGAUAUCGAUUCAAAUCCAUGGUAG